AGUCGUUUUGCGUUUGGCGUGCGAUGGAGUUUAUUUUUGCAAUGAGAAAAUUGUAAGAAAUUUUCCCGGCUUUGGUACAACAAAUAUUUUUCGGGGGGAGUACUUGUGGGAAACUUUUUCACUUACAGCCGGAAGAAAGUUCGAACCCCUUGUGAACCUUCUGGUUGUGAAUGGUGGGUUACGAGGGGGGCAAACACCCCAGUGAAGACAUUACUCGAGAAUGUGUGGUGUGAUGAAUUACAGUUAAAGCGUUGUUCGAGAGGUGGAGACGAAAGUUUCUUUGGUUUGGGGGGUGGCAGUGAGUGAGAGAGUGCUCAAAGUGCGAAGCAUCCAGUAAAAGCUCACAAAGCCGGAAGUGGUUUGAGGGUGGAAAGUGAAGAAAACAUUAGAUAGAAAGUCAAACGGAUGGGGGGAUAUGGGAUGCACAAUGUGAUUGUGAAAAUUUUCGAAAUGAAUCCCGGAUUUUGGGGAUAUUUUGUGUGUUUUUGAGAUUAAAACCAACGCGGUGAGAAUGAGAGAAUUUGUAAAACUGUGAAAAAUAUGAAGACACAGCAGAUGGGAUCAUUUAUCACACCCAAUCCAAUGCUUCGUCACAUGUUUGGAAUGAGAUGAAUAAAUCUGGGAGGAUGUAGAAAAAAUGUGAUUCACCUGUUUGAAGAUGAUAUCAUAAUUGGUGGAUGGUGGACUUGUGCAUGUGGCAUGACAAAUUGGUAUGAACUGGCAUUCCACUAUAUAUGCUUUUAUGCCAUCGUGAUGGACAACACAAAUUGAAAUAUAUUUAUCUAGAUAACUUCCCGUCAGCAUAGAUGAACCACAAAUUGCAAUUCAACAUUUUUCUCGCGCACUUUAUGCGUUGAAAACGUUUUCAAUUGCUCAGCGUGGGUGUAUUGACAAUAAAUUCAAUUGUGCUUAAAAAGUUACAGUGAGUGUAGUGUUGCGGUUGUCUGAACAUAAAUCGUGAGAAGAGGUUGUUACACAUUGGGGGUCGUCAUGAAAAUAAAUUUUUGGUGAAAAGGGGGGUGUGAUUGAUGCGAGGGACAAGAGAAAGCUCUGGUGAUUGGAGGUGAAAUUCAAAAUUCAACACAGGUCAUAUAUGGGGUGGAAGAUGCAAAACGGUCGCAGUGUUUGUGACUGUAAGUGCUGGGAUGGAAGAGGAGUGGGUACGGGUGGGAACACCACCGCUGAUGCCACAUCAUCCCCCAGCAACGUAGUCAGCAAGUAUAGUUCCCAAGUCAACACAUUGCCAAGCCUGUCUUCGUCCACAGGAGUCAUGAAAGGAUGGCCAAAUUGUCAUGUGGCUGCCACCAAGUGGAUGAGAAUAGUUCUCCUCAGUCUCCUCUUUCGCUACUGCAAUUGUCUUGCGGCAAUUCAUGACUUCCCGAAAGGUACAAAUGUUGGUGCUGUCACGGAUGUGAUACCGCAGACUGUUUCUGUGGGACACAACAUAACAAAUCGCUUCAUAAAAAAUGUGUCAAUCAGCUAUAGUUAUACACCGAAGAAUAAGACGAAUGCAAGGAUAGACAUCUCAACGGGACUGACCAAUAAUGGGUCAAUUUCCGGUGUAAGGGUGCAGUCAACAACUGUGGCGAGUGAUAGAGUGACAAGUAGACGGAACAAGGUGGACAAUGCGACGAGGAGCAAACAACAUGAAAUUAGUUUAGAAAAUAUGGACAAGCAGGGGAAUCAAUUGGGAAAUAGUGAUGACGUCCCAACAUCCGGGACGAUUAAUGGGGAUAGUGGUUUGGAAGAGAUGUCUUUCGGAACACAAAAUUACACCACGGUGACAACACAAAUCGGAUCAACAUCCACAAUGUUGACCUGCACUGUGCACAACAUUGGUGAAGGGGUGGUGUCCUGGAUCCGAAGGAGUAAGGACGAUUAUCACUUGCUAACAGUGGGUAUGACGACCUACAGCAGCGAUGAGCGUUUCAAUGCCAUCCACAGAGAAGACACUGAUGAGUGGACUCUGCAAAUAAAAUUUGUCCAACUGAGGGAUUCCGGUGUGUACGAAUGCCAGGUUUCUUCGCAUCCACCGUCGUCGAUUAUGAUUCAAUUAGACGUUGUGGAGGCAAGAGCUGAAAUUACUGGCCCCUCGGAGAAGUACUUAAAACCAGGCUCGACACUACGACUAGCCUGUCGGGUGCAGCAGAGUACAGAGCCACCAUUGUAUAUUUUUUGGUAUCACAACAAUCGAAUGAUAAACUACGACUCAGAUCGGGGUGUCAACGUGACCACAGAGGCAGAUAAUCGGUAUUCAGAGCUACUGAUUGACCAGACAUCCUAUUCCCAUGCCGGCAACUAUUCAUGUGUACCCAAUAGUGCCGUUCCUGCCAGCACAGUUGUCCACAUAUUCAAUGGUGAAAAUCCAGCCGCCAUACAUCACGUUGGUCAUGGUUAUCCUGUUCUAUCUUCAGCACCAACGCGACUUGUUGUACUCACCGUUGUCAUAUUAAUUUUCAUUUUGUAAAAGAAACCACGAGAGAGGUGGGAAAAUUAUUAUGUAGUAUGGAAGGAAAAUGUGCCCUCCAAAUGGUAACCCAAAAGCACAAUUUUUCUCAAGAAGAAACAUCCGACACAAUGUUGCAACAUUAAUUAAGACCCAAAGCCCAUUCGUGCAAUGAAUUAUUGCAGAGAUUCUUAAGUUUUUCCGUUUUCUCUAUCUCACGAAUCUCCAUCCAACAGCAACUUCCAAAGACGAAAGAAAGUUUUUAAACAACAUGAAACAUAAUAGUUGGUUAUAUAGUGUUUGUAUUUUUGGGAUAUUAAGCAGUUAAAUACGCGGAAAAUUGUUUGAAAGGGUAUUAAAAGUUUUCUCAGCAAUGAAAAUUUUAUUGAAGCAUUUCAGUGUCGAAUCCAGGAAAAGAUGUAAAGAGUUUUUAGAUAAAUAAAGUUUAGGUUCAUUGUAACAAACUGGACGAUUUUGUAUAUUUAAUUGUUCUUCGUGAAAGAUAAUGUUAAUCCCAUUUUUAAAAGAAAAUUGUAUAUUUUAAGAGAAGAUUAAAUUUAAAGGAGAAUAAACA